CUCCUUCCCUGAAAAGGCGUCACUGCCGUCAUUCCCCCUUCGGCAGAGGGGAGGGGGCGGGGCGCUGACGUCGCCGGCGAUCCCGCCACAAACCCGAAGGAGUUGGAGAAGUUGCGGGGAAGAAGUGCAGAGGGAAGAAGGGUCUGCCCGGGGAAGGAAGGCAGGAAGGACGCCGCUCUCUCGGCUCACUCUCUCAGCCGGGCAGGAUUGGGCCCUUGCUUCGGGGGAGAUGUAGUGGCCAAGACUCAGGCUCCUUGCCUUGAUUUCUCAGGACCCUCUGAAGGGGAAAGCCCAUCCUGUCAAGUGGCUUGUGCUCUGGGCGGCCUUCAAGAUGUUUUCAAAUGAAGCUGAACAAAUGGAGAAAGCAGCCAUGGAGGAGAGUCCAAAGGAUUCUGACAAAGACCAGAAGUGCAACGCUUCUGACUGUGUGGAUGAGAAAGGAGAUUGUAGCCAGCCUUUUAGAGAUGUAUCUGCCAGCCAGUCUUUUAUGAAACUUCAGCUUAAUCCUUCCAACACAGAAGAGGAUAGUGUGUUGUUCAACAAACUGACCUACCUUGGUUGUAUGAAAGUUUCUGCUCCUCGCAGUGAAUCAGAGGCCUUGUCUGCCAUGGCAGCUUUGAAAACCUCAAGUGAAUCACCUUUCCCUGUAACUCUGUACGUUCCAAAUAUUCCAGAUGGUUCUGUUAGAAUAAUAGAUCAGUCCAGUAAUAAAGAAAUUGCUUCCUUUCCGAUCUACAAUGUGUUGUUCUGUGUUCGGGGCCAAAAUGGGACUUUGGAAUGUGACUGCUUUGCAUUCACUGAGAGCUUCUCUGGCCCUGAUGUAUUCCAGAUUCACGUCUUCUGUUGUGAAAUAAAAGAGGCAGUCAGCCGAAUUUUGUAUAGUUUCUCAACAGCAUUCAAACGUUCCUCCAAACAAGGGUCCGAUUACAUAAAGGAUUCUUUUGUGCCAACACCUGAUAAUGAUAUAUUCACAUUCAAUGUUUCUUUAGAGAUCAGAGAAGAUGAUGGCAAAGGAAACUUCAGCCCAGUACCAAAGGACAGAGACAAAUAUUUUUUCAAACUCAAGCAGGGGCUCGAGAAGAAGGUUGUGAUUACUAUACGACAGAUUUCCAACAAGGAAUUAGUCAUUGAAAGGUGCUUUGGGAUGCUGCUGAGUCCAGGUCGAAAUGUCAAAAACAGUGAUAUGCACUUACUGGAUAUGGAGUCAAUGGGAAAAGGCAGUGAUGGAAAAUCUUAUAUUAUUACUGGAAUGUGGAAUCCUAAUAUACCUGCCUUUCUAGUUCUUAAUGAAGAGACUUCUAAAGAUAAGUAUGUGUACAUGACUGUGGCAGUAGAUAUGGUCGUCACUGAAGUGGUAGAACCCGUGCGCUUUCUCGUGGAGACACUUGUGCGCAUCUAUCCUGCUAAUGAGCGCUUCUGGUACUUCAGCAGAAAAGCCUUCACAGAAACAUUCUACAUGAAAUUGAAACAGUGUGAAGGAAAAAGUAAUGCAAACACCGGAGACAUGAUUUAUGAAGUCCUGAGCCUUUGCCGAGAUUCGAAAAUGCAGGAAGAUCUAGUAAGUCCAUCAAGCGAUCGAACAUCUCUGCAAGAUGAAGAUGCUGAAGAAGAGAGUGAUAAUGAACUCUCCAGUGGCACUGGUGAUGUAUCAAAGGAUUGCCCAGAGAAGAUCUUGUAUUCUUGGGGAGAACUACUAGGACGAUGGCACAAUAACCUCAGUUCACGACCAAAAGGAUUGUCUUCGUUGGUAAAGAAUGGUAUUCCAGAGGCAUUAAGGGCUGAAGUAUGGCAGUUGCUAUCGGGAUGUCAUGAUAACCAGGCACUGUUGGAUAAAUACAGAAUUCUCAUUACAAAGGAGUCUUCCCAGGAGAGUGUCAUUACAAGAGACAUACAUCGUACAUUCCCAGGACAUGAAUAUUUUAAAGAUACUGAAGGAGAUGGGCAGGAAUCUUUAUACAAAAUCUGUAAGGCAUAUUCGGUAUAUGAUGAAGAAAUUGGUUAUUGUCAAGGACAUUCCUUUCUUGCUGCUGUUUUGCUGUUGCAUAUGCCCGAAGAACAAGCAUUUUGUGUUUUGGUGAAGAUCAUGUAUGAAUACGGCCUGCGAGACCUCUAUAAAAACAAUUUAGAAGAUCUCCGUGGUAAAUUUUACCAGUUGGAAAGACUUAUUCAGGAGCAGUUGCCUGACCUGUAUAAUCAUUUCUUGGAACAGAACCUGGAGGCUCAUAUGUACGCAUCUCAGUGGUUUCUUACCCUCUUCACUGCCAAGUUCCCUCUCUGCAUGGUUUUCCACAUCAUUGAUUUACUCCUUUGUGAGGGUCUGAAUGUAAUUUUUAACGUGGCUCUGGCUCUCCUAAAGACAUCCAAGGAGGACCUUCUACAAGCUGACUUUGAAGGAGCUUUGAAGUUUUUUAGGGUACAGUUACCCAAGAGAUACAGAGCUGAAGAGAAUGCAAGAAGACUUAUGGAACAGGCCUGCAAUAUAAAGGUGCCAACAAAGAAGUUAAAAAAAUAUGAGAGGGAGUAUCAAACGAUGCGGGAGAAUCAGCUGCAGCAAGAAGACCCUCUGGACCAAUACAAGCGAGAGAACCGCAGGCUUCAGGAAGCCAGCAUGAGACUUGAGCAAGAGAAUGAUGACCUCGCCCAUGAACUCGUAACAAGCAAAAUUGCUCUACGAAAUGACUUGGAUCAGGCUGAAGACAAAGCAGAUGUUUUGAACAAGGAGCUGCUUUUGACCAAACAGAAACUUGUGGAAACUGAAGAGGAGAAGCAAAAACAGGAAGAAGAAACAGCCCAGUUGAAAGAGAUCUUCAGAAAAAGGCUGGAGAAGGCGGAAUCUGAAAUCAAGAAGACAACUGCCAUCAUUGCGGAAUAUAAACAAAUUUGCACCCAAUUGAGUAGCAGGCUGGAGAAACAACAGGCGGCCAAUAAAGAGGAACUUGAGGUCUUAAAGGGGAAGGUGAUGGCUUGCAAACACUGCAGUGAAAUCUUUAGUAAAGGAGACAUCUUGAGAGGACCAACAGAGCCUAGAGAAAACACAGAAACUAUCACAGAUGAUGAGAAGGAUGCCCUUAAAAAACAACUAAGAGAAAUGGAGCUGGAUCUGGCACAGACCAAACUACAACUUGUAGAAGCCAAAUGCAAAAUACAGGAACUGGAACACCAGAGAGGUGCCCUAAUGAGUGAAAUCCAAGCUGCCAAAAACUCUUGGUUUAGCAAAACCCUGAACUCGAUCAAGACAGCUACUGGCACACAGCCGCUCCAGCAGCCUCCGCUGUCAUCGUCUCCCAAAGAGGGCAGCACAUAGUCCCCGUUGGAUGCCAAGCACCAAGAGCACACGGACAAAGCAGCUGAGGUCCCUUGAAGAUUCCUCCAGAGCAUUCAUGGGGGAAGGGGGAGGGAGAAAGGCCGGGGAGCAGCCUCCGACCCAAGUUCCUUCAGUGUCUCUCAUUAGUUCUUAUGUGGCCCUUUCCAAAGAGACGUUAUUUAAAGGAUCUUGUUUUAUGUGGAAUACUUUUUUCCAGCUGCCUUGCCAAAAGCCACACCUCAGUACCUUCAUAUCUGACAUGUUAUUUUGUAUGCCUAGAUGGUUCAUAUAUAGGUGACACGUAAUUCAGAACUACGUGUUCCAUAUAUUGCUUAAAUUAUUCAUAGAUUUUUAAAACUUGCGUAAGUUUUUUUUCCUUUCCUGUGACAAAAAUGAGACUUGGCAGAGCAAAGUAGUGAAGAAAAAGCACAUUUAUCAUAAUGCCAUGGUAGUUUCCUGGUACCUGAGAACUUCUUAAUGUUUGUAGCUAUCAUUGCAUCCUCCAAAGAUGCACCUGUUGUUUUAAAGCCCAAGUCUUGAGCCACCUCUAUUAACAUAUGGAACAAGUACAUUUUGA